AUGAAGAAGGAAGAUCAAGCAAGGUCUCUAUUUGGGAUAUCUUUAACUGAUAGACCCAUUUGGCAACAGUUUCUCAUAUGCUCUUCGGGGUUCUUCUUUGGUUAUCUUGUCAAUGGCAUUUGUGAGGAAUAUGUAUAUAAUAGGCUCCAAUUCAGUUAUGGGUGGUAUUUUACCUUUGUCCAAGGCUUUGUGUAUUUGGUACUGAUAUAUUUACAAGGUUUCACCAUUAAGCAAAAGGUGAAUCCAUGGAAAACAUAUGUCAAACUCUCUGCUGUUCUUAUGGGUUCUCAUGGAUUAACAAAGGGUUCCUUGGCUUAUCUUAAUUAUCCGGCACAGAUCAUGUUCAAGUCGACAAAGGUAUUACCUGUAAUGAUAAUGGGUGCUUUUAUCCCCGGCUUGAGAAGAAAAUACCCUGUUCAUGAAUACAUAUCUGCCGUGCUUCUAGUCGUUGGGCUGAUUCUUUUCACCUUAGCAGAUGCUAACACUUCUCCGAACUUUAGUGUCAUUGGCGUCUUGAUGAUUCUAGGUGCUUUAGUCAUGGAUUCGUUUCUCGGUAACUUGCAGGAAGCAAUUUUCACCAUGAAUCCCGAAACUAGUCAGAUGGAGAUGCUAUUUUGCUCAACGUUGAUCGGGUUGCCUUUCCUAUUACCACCAAUGAUUUUGACCGGAGAGUUGUUUAAGGCUUGGAAUUCUUGUGCUGAGCAUCCUUAUGUCUACGGUGUGCUCAUCUUUGAAGCAAUGGCUACAUUUAUUGGUCAAGUCUCUGUUUUAUCACUCAUUGCCAUUUUCGGGGCUGCCACCACUGCAAUGAUAACAACAGCACGAAAGGCUGUGACUUUGUUGUUGUCAUACUUAAUUUUUACGAAGCCUCUUACUGAACAACAUGGUUCGGGGUUGUUACUCAUAGCCAUGGGAAUUAUACUGAAGCUCGUCCCUGAUACUAAACCUCCUAACCAGGCUGUUGUAUCCAGUACUCGGGGAAAAAUCCACCCGAAGCAUGUGAAGACACCGGGAAAUGGAGCCGAUGAAGAAGACGAAGAGAAAAGGCCAUUAGUCUGA